AUGACGAUUUCGAUCCCUUCUUCCCGUCGAGCGUCGAUUGGCACCAUUGGAGCACUCGUGUUUCAGCUCCUGGUGGUGGCACUGGCAGCAGGGCCAAUAGCCUUGCCCGGCUGCCCCGAAAGCUGCGGCCACAUUAUCGUGCCGUACCCUUUCGGCAUCAGCAAAGGCUGCUUCCACGAGGGCUUUGGUCUCACCUGUGACGAGAUGCAGUACCCACCAAGGCUGUUCUUGGGUGAUGGAGUGGAAGUGCUUGGCAUCUCCUUGACUGAUGACACGGUGCGGAUCCGGAGCAAGGUUUUGCGAUCAAGCUUCUCUGAGUUCAACGGCUCAUGGUCCGGCCCUGCAGUAACCUGGCCCUUCUCGGUAUCAAGCGCGUGGAACUGGUUUGUGGCCAUUGGAUGCAACAUCGUAGCUAAGCUCGGCCAUCCGAGCGGGCUCCAUACUCAGGACGGGAGCCAGGCCAGCACCUGUGCCGCUGCUUGCCUGGACGACCACCAGAACUUCACUGGUACAUCGUGCUCGGGUAUUGGCCGCUGCCGCGCAUCUAUCGUGUGGGAGCUGCCAUCCUAUGGCAUCCAAGUUACACCACUUGCUGCGUUGACACCUGACUUCUCGUCAUACACAGGUGUGUAUGUGUUCAUUGUUGAUCAGGACUGGUUCAGCAGAAAUGAAAAUGAGAUGAUGGUCAACUUCACCCAUUCAUAUGAGAAAACCAUGGUUGAGAGUGUACCGGCAGUGUUGGAGUGGUGGUUGGAUUUGAUCGGCAACAAGGACAUGUUGCCAUUGUCUGUCGGGCCCAAUUCUUCUGAAUUUAGAUGUUUAAGCUUGAACAGCGAUAGCUAUUUCGUUUUUGGAGAUUAUGAAAAAAGACGGUGCAACUGUUCUCAAGGAUACGAGGGCAACCCUUACAUCACUGAUGGGUGCCAAGAUAUUAAUGAGUGCCUACAACCAGAUGUUUAUCCCUGCAAUGGGACCUGCAUCAAUAUGCCAGGGACAUACCAAUGCUCAGCAAAGAAAAGAAUCAUCACUUUACCAGGUCUAAUUACCAUAAUAGCAGUUGGUGCUGGUUUUGGCCUAUUGUUUUCACUCCUAGGUGUUGCCCAAGUCACAAAAACACUCAAGAAACAAAGAGCCAAGAAGUUAAGACAAAAAUUCUUUGAGAAAAACCAUGGACUUCUUCUACAACAGUUAAUCUCUUCGAACAAAGAUAUAGCUGAAAAGAUGAAGAUUUUCAGCUUAGAAGAGCUAGAGCAAGCAACCAACAAAUUUGACCAUAAUCGGAUCCUUGGCGGCGGUGGGCAUGGCACGGUGUAUAAAGGCAUCUUAUCUGAUCAACGUGUCGUGGCCAUCAAGAAGGCCAAUAUUGUCGUGCAGAGGGAAAUCGACCAGUUUCUAAAUGAGGUUGUUAUACUUUCACAGACAAACCAUAGGAAUGUGGUGAAGCUCUUUGGUUGCUGCCUCGAGACAGAAGUUCCUCUACUAGUUUAUGAGUUCAUAUCGAAUGGAACUCUCUCGUGUCAUCUCCAUGGCCAAAGUGAUAAUCAUUUGUCAUGGAAAGAUCGAUUAAGGAUUGCACUGGAAACUGCAAGGGCUAUUGCAUAUCUGCACUCUGCUGCUUCCAUAUCAGUAUAUCAUAGAGAUAUCAAAUGCGCCAAUAUACUACUUACUGAUACUUUAACAGCGAAAGUAUCAGAUUUUGGAGCUUCAAGGUCGAUUGCAAUAGAUGAGACUGGAAUACUUACAGCCAUCCAAGGAACCUAUGGUUACCUUGAUCCUGAAUACUACUACACUAGCCGACUCACGGAGAAGAGUGAUGUUUACAGCUUUGGUGUCAUCCUAGCAGAACUACUGACAAGGAUAACUCCAGUUUUUUCUUCUCAUUCAUCAGAAGGCACAAGCCUAGCAUCACAUUUUGUAUCACUAAUGAGCGACAAUCGCCUGUCAGACAUUCUAGAUACACAAAUUGUUAAUGAAGGAGGAGUUGAAGAUGCUGAGGUCGUUGCAAGACUUGCAAAAGCAUGCUUAAGCUUAAAAGGGGAAGAAAGACCUACAAUGAGGCAAGUGGAGACAAUACUUGAAGGUGUGCAUAGCUCAAGGUUUGAUCACAAUUCUCAGACAAUACGAGUGGGCCAAAGUGCUCUAAAAGACCAGCCAUGGAAGGGGAACAAUGGUGGCGAAGGAACUAGAUUAUACAGCUUGGAAAAAGAGUUCAUCGAAUCAUCGGAAAUUCCAAGAUGA